AUUUCUCAAUAGUUCAACAAAUACAACAACUAUUGAGAACUUGAUCAAUUUGCGGACAGCAAAUACUUGAUCAAAUUUUACCAAUUUCAAAGAGCACCAUGAACAAAAAGACUUAACAUCAACUAACUAAAUAUCCAAGACUGAUGUUUUCUAAUCAAACGAUUUAACCAGUUUGAGUAAGAUGUCUCAUCCUAUUGUUUGUGCUGUUCUACUAGUGGCGUUGAAUGGGAACUUGUUGAUCAGUUGGUUUCCUGCGGCGGUGUAUAGUCUGUCGGAGGAGGAGAUAGUGGACAUAGUGAACAACUAUAACACCAGUUGGGUGGCCAGGACAUACCCAUCACUUCCCAAAUACAGAAAUCCGGUACCUGAGCCUCGCUACCACCAGAGACAUCGGAACUUCCUGCGGAGUCUGAUUCUUAGGAGGCACUCAUACGGACACGAGCCCUUCAGGAGGUGGAGGGGUGAAGUGCCCAAACAUUUCGACGCCAGGCAGCGGUGGAGGUACUGCGACACAGUACACGAUAUACACGACCAAGGCAACUGUGGUUCUUGCUGGGCUAUUGCGGUAGCCAGUGCAAUCAGCGACCGCAUCUGCAUCAAGCGUCCCAAACUGAGACCGGUUCGAAUCUCGCCGACUGCCCUGCUCACCUGCACGAACGGUGGCAACUGUAGAGACGGUCACGACCCGUAUGAUGCAUGGCGCUAUUACGUAAGAUAUGGUGUACCAACUGGUGGCUUCUACAACACUCAUGACUCCUGUCAGCCUUACAUCUACCCGGGACUGUACAACAAGUACGGAACCCCCACCGAUAUCUUUACGAUUCCAUCCGAGCAGCCUGAAUGCUCUCACGAGUGCAUCAGAGGAUAUAACAGGACAUACAAUAGUGAGCUGUUCUACGGGGAGCGGGCAUACAUAGUGGAUGCAGACGAACAAGCCAUUAUGACCGAGAUGUUAAUUCAUGGCCCAGUGGUAGCCAUAAUCGAGACAUUCGAGGACUUCGACAACUAUAGGAUGGGGAUCUACGAACACAUAGUCGGAAAACACACUGGAUACCACGCAGUGCGUGUUUUGGGAUGGGGAGAGGAAGGAGACCAGAAAUAUUGGAUCUGUGCCAAUUCGUGGAGUCGCUUCUGGGGCGAGAGGGGCACAUUCCGGGUUAAAAGAGGAGUAAACGAAGUCAUGAUAGAGGAGGCUGUAAGCGCUGCGUUGCCAUAUUCAAUCGGACUCUGAACAGGACAAGCUGAGUGAGCUGAACUGAACACCUACUGUUUCUGUACUGAAAUUUAAUGCUUCAAUCAAUUAAUUGGCAAUAAUGUGAUGCUGAUAAUGAAAAAUAGUUUACGGAC